GUGAAAUGUGUUUGUCAACAUUCGAUCGAUUCUUGUUUUAAUUGCUUUUACAAUGUUAAUUGCGCCGCGAUGUGAAAAAAACAUCUAAAUCAAAUUCAAAUUAUUCCAACUUCUUUACGCUUGUAUAAAAUGCAUAUAUUUAACAUAUUCACAUAAUCAAACAAAUGGUACAAAUAUGUAGUUCUUAAAAACGUGUAAUUAAUAAAAUAAUCUUAUUAGUAUAUAAUAUUCAUGUUUGUUAUAAAAAAGACACAAAUAACAUGCUUCAGUGUUAUACAAAGUGGGUUGGUGUUUGAAAUAGUGGCGCAUUGUCGUGAACAAUUCCGCGGAGAAAAAUCAAUAUUAUGCAGUGUCGUUGCCUAGCUGUAAUUAGGUUGCACUAAAUGACCUAAAAUACUUUAUGUAUCAUCUCACAAUUAUGUAGAAUUAAGAAAAUUUUAAUAAGUACAAACUAACAAUUGCCAAAAUGAUGGAAGGUAUAUUAUCACAGAGAGUAACACCAUUAUUAAAAUGUAUGGUGUUAUUUCUCUUUAUAUUCACGGCCAAAGUUCUAACAUCGCGACCUCACGAAGAUUCUUCACAUGAUACAAGAAAUAGUAUAUAUCAUCAAAAACCUGCCCACUAUGUAAGAACCUUUACAAAAUACCAUCAUAGAAGAACUAUCCAAUGGAAUAAUAAUAAUGCGCAAGAUAUCACUUCUUACUGGCCAGUUACACAAGACCAGCCAAAAGUAAUCGGUAAAAGGAGUGUAGAUAUUCCAAAUUCAAAUGAACUGCUGGAUAUUGAUGAUGAAAGAAGCCUAAAUCAGUUGGCCUCUGCCUCUGUAAGGGGUAACAUCAUAGCUGAUGUUGAUAAGAAAUCCACUGACUCUGUUAAAGAUGAUCAAAAUGGAUUAUCCAACGAAUUUAAGAAGUACAAACUGAAGCCAGCUGUUGUUGUUACCGAGGCACCUACUAUCACUGUUCCAACUAUAUCCUGUCUAUAUAAGAUACAUAGUGUAGCAAUGAGCGUAACACCGUCUUACGAUGAUGAGAGAAAUGCACAGUUAAUGGUCGAAAAUGAAAUAUUUGAUACUGGUACACUGUCAGAGACAACUCUUUCAAAUGGUGAAGAAGUUCAAGUUGAAGAGUGUACUGAUCCAAAAGCGUUUUGCUAUACUCUAUGGCAUCAGGACAAUGAAGGCAACAUUACUGUAAUGGGACAAGGUUGUUGGCGUUCAUCUCAAGCUGAAGGUUCCAAUAGUUGCGACAAAUGUACAAGGGUGACAGCGAGACUACCGGGCAGCAAGUUCUGCUGCUGCACGAAGACUUUGUGUAAUGCUGACUUUAUUAAUCUCAAAGAGGAACCUGCAACGACCAAAGCCGAAUCGACAAUGGAAAGCGCAACCCAUCCGAAUUAUUCUAACAUCGUCGCAUCUGGCAUCUUAGCGUUGGUCGCCAUUUUGUUGAUGGCAAUAGUCUUCAGGAAGAUGUAUUGCAAGAGAAUGGAGCUGGACAAAGACGACCUCAGUGAAGGAGUCGAUGUCGAGAAAGGCGAUAUAAUGGGAAGCGGUCCAGACGCUCUAGCAACGGGAUUAUUGUGUGUUGAUAAUCUUACACUGGUCGAACACAUAGGUCAGGGUAAGUUUGGGUCGGUGUGGCGCGGGAGCCUGGCGGGCGCGCCCGUCGCCGUCAAGCUGUACUCCGCGCCCUCCGCCUGGCACAAGGAGGCCUCGGUGUACGCCGUGCCGCACUUGGCGCAUCCGAACAUACUGCGGUACUACGGCAGCGACAGCCGCGCGUCGCUGACGGAGGCGGGCGGGCGCUCGCAGCUGGUGGUGCUGGAGCUGUGCGCGGAGUCGCUGCGGCGGCGGCUGCAGCGCGCGCCGCUGUCGUGGCGCGAGUUCGCCGGCCUCGCGCACGGGCUGGCCGCCGCGCUCGCGCACCUGCACGCGCCCGGGGCAACGAAGCCUUGUAUAGUGCACCGUGACGUCAACAGCGGGAACGUACUCGUGGCGCCCGACGGCACCGCUCGCCUGGCGGACCUGGGACUAGCUCAGCCGUUGUUACCUAGACGGGAUCACUCCACGCCUAGUCGAAUUACUGAGGCGGGCACGCUGCGCUACCUGGCGCCCGAGGCGCUGGAGGGCGCGCUGGACCUGAGCGGCGCGCGCGCGGCGCUGUGCGCGGUCGACGUGUUCGCGCUGGCGCUCGUGCUGUGGGAGAUGCUGUGGCGCUGCGGGGGGGCGCACCCCGCGCGCGCGCCGCCCUACCAGCCGCCCUACCACUCGCACGGCCUGCCGCCGCGCCCCACGCUGGCGCAGAUGCAGACGCUCGUGUCCCGGAACAAGGCCCGGCCGCCGCUUCCCAAAGGUCCAGUUCCGGAAUGGCGCGCGUUGAAGAUAGCUUCCGACACGUGUGACGAGUGCUGGGACCACGACGCUGAAGCGAGAUUAACAGCAGUGUGUGUAGAGGAACGAAUGGCUGAACUAAAAAUGAUACUACAAGCCCAAGGACCCGUUAUACACGACAACAACCUACACCCCCAUCCCCCUGCAUCCACGGAACCACCUCCACCGUCACCGUUGGAAACUGACAAGAACUCUAAUUGCACGGUUCGCAACGGUGACGUCACCACGCCUCUCUUAUACCCCGACCCACACAUAGGCAGAAACGCCUGCAUCGAACGUAAUACAAACAUAAACACGCAGACGCACACAGUCGAACUGAUACAUAAAAGCCUUAAAGAUAUAACAAGUACGGAACCACCGAGGCAACCAAAUAUCGAAGAGAAUUGCUUAUCCGUAGCAAGAGUGUCUCAUAAUAGAGUACAGACUCGGGAGAAUUCGGAUAGGUUUAACGAAAUCAGAUCUUACCAACGACCAUUGGAGUAUGUCCAAAAUGACGUAAGCUCCCACGAGGUCGACAGAGGUCCCAAAGAGACGAACCUCCUCCAAGAUCACAAGGAGAAACCUAAAUGGGGUAUACGGAAAUUUUUCGAGAAGAAAUUAAGUAAACCAAAAGAAACCGAAGUUAAGUUGGACACGAGUAAUGCGAUACAAAACGCCAAAGUAAGAACGUCGGUAGUCGAAAAACCGAGCAAUAUAACAUUCGACAGACCCACGAAUUUAGUGCUCAGUGAUGAUAGAGCGUACAACUUCGAAGGUCCCUGUACGUUAUCACCGCCGAACAAAACACUAUCGCCCACAAUGAUCAUGGAGUCAGAAAUGAACACAGAUAAAAUGUUCAAAGAACUACCGUCGAGAGAUGACAGCGAUAGGAAUCAAAUAUUCGCAGUGAUCGUACCAAAAGUAAAACCCGCCGAUUUGAACCGCAGCAAAACGUCAAAAGGGAGCUCCGAGAGCUUAAAGCGUUCUGUUCGAACGUCAAUAUCCUCGCAGAGCAUAUUCAGGGGAAAUUCGGAAUCCGAAGAUUCGACGAUAAAAAAACGAUUGAGUUGCGAUAAUAGAAUCAUUACGGAUUCGCAUAGCGGACGAUCGUCUCGAGCGAGUAUUAACUUGGAACUACAAUAUAUCGACAAUCACCAACAUGGUAAUUUCAACCCGGAAAGUCCGUUCGAUAUGAAUUCGGAUUGUUCUAGUAGCGAAGAGGAACAUUUGAUGCUGCUAUCCGAAAAUGGCGGUUCGAAGAUAACAAUGCAAGCCAUACCGCGUAUCGUCAGCGAUGAUAAAAAGAAACAGAACGACGUCUUGAAAGAGGCGAGUCAAAGCAAAACUGAUUUCGGUUUCAAUAAAUAUCAUAACAAAUACGCGAACUUUGAUAACGAAUUUAGCGAUCCGAACGAUAAAGAGAAUCUCGUGAACGGCUACAGCGGAGACAAUCCAGUUUAUCUAGCAGCAUUGAAUGGGGAAAUAGACGCGGCUGGUCUGAAGCUGAUGCCGUCAAGCAGUUCCGAUCCGGAGAAGUGUCCUAAAUCACCGAAGCCGGCGUUGAAGUCGUUAUCGAUAAAACGGCAACAUUCGUUAGAACAAGUGAGCGAUAUAUUUUCAUCGUCCAGCGAUGUGAACUUGCAAAAUCCGGCUGGAAGGGUCAAGACUCCGGGCGAUUUGCCGGUAGCUGUUCGAAGAGCCAGAAGAGAUAGAGCUCUACAAAAAGGUAGAACUAGCGAAUGCAACAGGCUCAGUUUGUAUGACGAUAGGAUGAUGUUUGGUAACAGCUUGUGAAUCUAAUUUCUAUGGUACAUUUAUUAUUGUGAUAUUAUUAAAUUCGGAUGGCAUUUCUGGAGCGAUUGAUUUCGUUAGCUGAAGUUAGCUAUUUAUAAUAAGCGCGAUCUAAGUUGAAAAGUCUGAUCGGUCGGUGAUUCGUUACAAAUUGUUGCGCGGAUAUCGUUUUAGCGAUGAAAGCGUGCGACUAACUAGAAAUGCGAUCAACGUCAACCAUCGAUAAUCGUCAUUUCUUAGGCUGUAUUCACACGGGGGUCCGAUUUACAGUUUCGUUUUAUUGUAUUCUAUGUAUAUUAUGUCGGUGAUAACGUGUGUAGUUGUAGGGGUGAGUUCACACAACCGAUAUCAUGUCCAAUGGUCCGUUUUACAAGUCCCUUUUGUCUCGUACGUUUUAUUCGAUUGUGUAUAUAGUGGAAGGCGAAAAUUCACACAUACGAUAAUAUUCGUAAUCCAGUAGACACAAAUCGAUUUAUUGAAAAUAAUCUUAUAAAUACCGGGUAAACGGUUGGAGCUUCAAGGUGUAAGAUUCGCAGGUUCGGUUAUUACCCCUCGGGCAUUUUUGUCUCCACUCCUAACAAGCUUUAGUUUUGAUUGGAGGGGUAAGGCAUAUUAAUAAUUCCUUAAAAAAGGCUUACCACUAUAUUAUUUCAAAAAAAGCAACCAUGGAUCCGUUGAAACGAGCUUGUAACUACGGACUUCCUGUGUGAGUGUACGCUUACUGUUUUCGUAGCGAUUGUACACGUGUUAACUUCUCGAAGACCCGACCAACUCGGACUACUAUUAUUUAUUAAGUGUAUUAAUAUAUAUAUAUAUAACGUUUAAUUAACCCUUUUUUAUAAUAUCAAUAUUUGAAAUUCGAACUCUUUGAAAAUAAUCUAAACUGUAUUUUGUAUUCUAAAUUUAAAAUUAAAAAAAAAAAAACUAAUAUGAUCCAUCAGUAAGUUUUUCAUAAUAAUACGAAAUACUUAUUCAAUGUUAAAGUAUUUGCUCAUGUUAAUUACAGACUAUACUUGGUGAUUCAUUUUACGGAACUCAACCGCAAACUUCCGACAUCAAUGUGUCAUUUGCACUGCAUUUAUAUAGACUAGGCUUUAUAAUUUUCGUCUUCGCUUCAUUAUUUAUAGCGAAUCGUUACUUAUAUUUCCAUAGACACAUAAAAUGGAUCUGAAUUUUAAAAAAAAUCGGUGGUAACCAUAAGUGUUGUUUAGGGUGUGUCUUCUUGUUUCGUAUUUAAAGUCAAUGAUGACAAAAAAAGAGAAAUUACUGUUUGAUUGAACAACGUUUAUAAGUAAAACUAUAAGUAUGCAGAUUUACAUUAGCAUGUUAUAAGAAUGCAAGUGAAAUAUUUUAUCUGUUCUAUUUGUCUAUGGUCGAUAAUAUAUGUAGGUGUAGAUUUGUCACAGAUUAAUAAUAAGUGAGAUAAGAUUUAGGAAGUAAAGUGUUAUCACACGUGAAAAAUAUCGUGUUGAAAUAUAAUAAUUUUACUAUUAACUACAAUAACUUCAAGUUUGGCUUCACAUUUGUCUAUAAUAGAGGGAUGAUUGGAAACUGUUGUCUGUUAAAUUAUCUUUUUUAAAUUCUAAUAAUCGAAUAUUACAACGUAACACAGUAUUUAUAUGGGAACUUUAUUUAAAUAAAACUAAAUAAUUAAUAAUAAUUCAUCGAUACAAACACACAAUAUAUUUUAUGUUCAAAUUUUAAAAAGUAACGGUUAAUUUGUUUUUCGUUCUACCGUCGGAUCACUGAAAUGUCGUUUAAUAAGUUAUGCCUUUUUAAAAUAUAUUUUUACUUUAAAAAAAUCAUAUAAUAUUAUUGGUAACGGGUUGGCGUGUCAGUCACUUAAUCUACUGCUACUUUUAGUUUUCAUAUUAUAUGUUAAAGGACUAGACAAGAAUAUGAGGAUGUAUGGAAAAUUCUAAUUACACACGUCAGGCUACCACUUUUCAAUCCAUUCUUAUAUAAAAUAACAUUCGUAACAUUUCAGUGAUUAAACGAUACGACGAUACUAUUAUAAUAAUUCACAUUCCUAUGUUAUUUCAUUUUUAUCGUAACGUUAUGUUACUUGAUCACAUAUAUGACUUAUCAUUUAUAUCUGUAAACAAUAUAAGAUUAUAUCAUUUUUUGCACAGAUACGUAAAAAUAAUCAUUCGUAUAUUCAACGGUAUUAAUAUUUGUACGAAAAAUAAACACAGUAAUAAUAUUAAAAAAAAAAAAAAAACUUCAUUCGCGUAAAUGUACAAUUUUAUACAUUUAAGUUAAUUAUCUGGUUUAAAAAAUUAUUGCACACUAAAUUGAUUGAUAAUUUUGACAUUUAUGUAAUUUUUUAUAUGACAGAUUAUAAAAUGAACUAGUCUUACUUUAUGUGGUCUUUGCUGUGUUGAAUAUUAUCUUGAAAAAAAAAACCAAAUACUUCAACCGAUUUCAAUAAUUAACAAAAUACUCAUGCGAGAACAUGAAAGAAAAUACUUAAAAGUGUUAUAUUUGAUUAAAUAAGAAAUAAUAGUUACGAGAUCUAAUGGCGGCUACACACUGAUGUUUUAAUAUAUUUACAAUAAGUUAUAUUAUAAUGAAGUUGAAAGAAUCAGACAGUAAAAAUAAAUAGCUUACAUACCCUUUUUUAAUCAAAAUUAACGACGCAUUUUAGAUUGUAUUAUUCAAAUUAUAUGAGCAGCUUAUGUUACGAACAUUUCUAACCUUGUUCUAUCGCCAGCCCCCAAAGAAUUUAAACUAUAGUUACAUAGAAAAUUAACUAAAGUUGAUACAAAAUUGGUUCAAAGUAUACCGGUCAAAUGUCUAUAUUUAAUGUUCAAAUGAGUUCUCAUAGUUUGAAGUCAUUUUCUUAUAUAUAAGACACAUGAAAUUCCCGCUGGUCACGUCAAUAGUAUAAAUUUAUACUGCGAAGCGAAGCUACUUAUAUGAAAAGAUUAUAUACUAAAAGUUUUAUGUAUAGUUUUUUUUUUUAAUUUCGCAGUAACAGACUUUUAAUGUCCCACUGCUGAGCUAAGGCCACCUCUCCAUUUUGAGAAGGUUUGGAGCUUAUUCAAUCACGCUGCUUAAAUGCGGGUUGGUAGAAUACACAUGUGGCAGAAUUUCAAUGAAAUUAGACACCUGCAGGUUUCCUCACGAUGUUUUCCUUCACCGUCAAGCACGAGAUGAAUUAUAAACGCAAAUUAAGCACAUGCAUAUUCAGUGGUGCUUCAUCGGUUAAGAUUCGCGCGUUCUAACCACUAGGCCAUCUCGGCUAAUUUAAUUGGGCGUUACAAAAAUUUUGUACAUUUAUUAGUAUAGUUAGAUAUUUAUAUACGAGAAUAAAUCUAAUCAAAAUAUGCUUAAUUCAAAUAUACUUUUUUUCGUUUUGUUAUAUAAGAUUGAGCCCGUGUAAUUAUCUUAUUCAUUUUUCAAUGUUUGACGACAUAUUGUGAGUAAAAGUUAGUGUUCUUGUAAUGAUAUUUUUGCCAUGUGUAUACCACCUACCAUCACUUGGCACAUUUGCUUGUCUGCCUUCCUAUGAGAGUAAGGUGGUGUCGGUAAAUUGUGGGGAGGCCUUUAUGUGUCGGAGUUUCUGCCACAUGUAUGUACUAUCAACCAUUUGACCAGCGUGAUGUAAUGAAGUCCACUUUUCUCUUGAAGAAGUCAGUCUUUGGCCAUCAUAUAUCAUGAUAACAAAUCCAAAAUGUAUGAAUUUUGGAAAUAAAAUUUAUAAUUUCUCAUAAAAUAUAAUCAUUUAUAACUUUGAGAACUCAUCUCCAUUAUAUUUUGUAUUUUCAACAUUAGACUCGCCCCAUUAAACAACCAUUAUAUACUUAUAUAUAACGUUAUGUACACCGUACGCGUUCUGUAUUUGUAAUGUUUAUAUAAUAGAAGUGCCUACGUGAGAAAUAAGUGAAUAAUUAUAUUACAUAAUGCAGUAAAGUUACCUACCCAUAAUAAAAUGUAAUGAUAGGCUCAUAUUAUAAAGUAGUACGAAUGUUUUGUCAGAGUGGCACUUAUGACGUUUUGGAAUUACUAAAGAUGAAUUUUUAUUUAUGUUAACACUUUUGAUGAGGCAGCACGCUCUCGUGACGUCAUACGGCGUAACGGUGUUUUAAUCCGUACGUCUCGAGACAGCUACAAUUUUUCAAUUUGUUUCUGUCCUUCAUUUCUUUAUUAUUUUGGAACGAAGUUCUUUUGCGCGGCUUACAGUAGUGUGAAAUGGCAGUGCCUCAAGAUCAUGUCACAUAACGAAAUAGCGUCUAUACCGGGCCAAAUACGAUGAGUUGAGCUUGAGCGUUCGAAUUCAGUACUGCGCGAGCGCUUCUGAAGGUAGGACCAAUGCCGAAUUUUUGAGCGCCGAACCACGCCAAACGAUAGAGCGUUCACUGUAUAGUGCGCCUACCAUUUUAUUAUUAAUUAAGUUAAAUACUUCAAUAUAAGCAAACUCAAUCAAAAUAAUUAAUUUUAUUUAAAAUACUUACCUAACGUUCUUAAAA